AUGAUAACUCGAGCGAGCGCAGGAGCUUGGACGACGACUUGGAGGCUGCUGCUGGCUCACGCGUUGCUGAGCGGCGUCGGGAUCGUCGUCGUCGUCGAGGCCGAGACCUUCACCAUCGGCUACGUGACCGGCUCGAAGAGACGACCCGGCGAUUUCGAGUACUCGCGGCCGGGCUUGCAGAUAUCCGGUGCCAUAACGUUGGCGGUCGACGAGGUGAACGGUGGCGAGCUGGCCAGACGCGGGCACCGGCUGGACUUUUACGUGGCCGAGACGUACGGCGAGGAGGAGCGCAGCAUACUCAUGAUAGCCGAGCUCUGGACCAGGAACGUGAGCGCCUACAUCGGGCCCCAGGAGACCUGCGUGCACGAGGGACGCAUGGCCGCCGCCUUCAAUCUGCCCAUGAUAUCUUACUACUGUACGAAUCGCGAGACGUCGAAUAAGAACGAGUUCCCGACGUUCGCCCGGACCCGACCGCCCGACACGCAGAUAUCCAAAUCCGUCGUCGCCGUAUUAAAGGCAUUCAACUGGACGAAGGUGUCAUUCGUAUUCAUGAACACGUCGAAUUUCGACGUGUACGAGGGUCCGACCGUGGCCCGCACGAUUCUGUCCUCGCUCGAGAACGCGGGCGUCGAGCUGAACAGCGUCAGCUGCUGGGACGAGUCGUAUCGCGUCGUCGAGCAGCACCUCAACAAUCCCUUCGACAAGAUCAUCGCCGAGACUCAUCGCGAGACGAGAAUAUACGUGAUUUUGGGCAACGUCGAGGAGCACAUCGGCUUAUUGAUGGCCUUGGACAAGAGGGACCUGUUGCAGAGCGGACAAUACUGGGUAGUGGGCGUCAACACGGAGACGUACAACGCGCGCGAGCCCGACGUCUACGUGCGCGGCCUGCUGAAAAAGUAUCCGGACUCGCGCUCGCUGCGCAUACUGCGCUCGUACUUCAGCGUCGUCGGCUCGGCGCCCAUCGGCUAUCUGAGCUUCGCCAAUCGGGUGGACGAGUAUCGACAGAGGCCGCCGUUCAACUUUAAGAAUCCGCUCAAGAGCUUCAAGGAGGAGGGACACGUUCAGGCCGUGCCGGAAACCGCCUAUCUCUACGACGCCGUGCACAUUUACGCGGAGAGUCUCGUGCGGGCGCUGGACGAGGGCCGCGAUCCACGAGACGGUAAGAAGAUCAUUUCCUCGCUUUAUGGGCUACACUAUCGCAGCGCCAUGGGCUAUAUGGUGUACAUGGACGAGAACGGCGACCCGGAGGGGAAUUACACGCUCAUAGGGCUCGACUAUCAGAGCAGCAAAGGUUACGGCCUCUAUCCGAUCGCCAACUUCGUCGGCAAGGAGAAUAAUACCAAUUUACCGCUACUGCGAGUGAUACGCAGCAUCCCUUGGGUGGACGGUAGACCGCCCGUGGCCGAGCCCUACUGCGGCUACCACGGCGAGAAAUGCUACUCUCACACCGGGGAAAUAAUCGGCGGCGUGGCCGGAGGUCUGCUGCUCGUCGCCGGCGCCGUCGCCCUCGUCGCCUAUCGGAACUGGAGAUACGAGCAGGAGCUGGAUUCUCUGCUCUGGAAGGUCAAUUACAAGGACAUCGAAAUCAAGGACGCGAAAGACGCGGAGUCCGCGACCAACGGUACAGCUAGUCCGAAUCAGCAGCAGCAGCAGCCGUACGUGCGCACGAGCCAGGCGUCGCUGAGCUCGAAUCCCGACGUCGAUUUUCGCUACUCGAUGAUCUACGCGCCCGUGGGCGUCUACAAGGGCCGACUGUUCGCCGUGAAAAAGGUGCGCAAAAAGUCAAUCGAGAUGACCCGCCAAAUGAAGAAGGAGCUCAAAAUCAUGCGAGAUCUGAGACACGACAAUUUGAACUCGUUCAUCGGGGCUUGUACGGAGCCGCCCAACAUCUGCAUCGUCGUCGAGUACUGCGCCCGAGGCAGUCUGAAAGACAUAUUGGAGAACGAGGACAUAAAGCUCGACAACAUGUUUAUGGCGUCGUUGGUGGGUGACAUAGUUCGGGGCAUGAUUUAUCUGCACGAGUCGGUGGUGAAAUUUCACGGAUCUCUCAGCACGUCCAACUGCCUCGUGGACUCGCGCUGGGUCGUCAAGCUGGCCGACUUCGGCCUGCACGAGUUCAAGCGCGACGCCGAGCUCGACGCCGCCGACAUCGCCAAAAAGUGUCGCGGACUGUUGUACCGAGCGCCGGAACUGCUGCGCUCGAGAAGCGCCGAGCCGAGCGCUCGGGAUUUCCAGCGAGGCGACGUCUACUCCUUCGCCAUUGUCCUGUACGAGCUGCAGCGUCGUCACGGCCCGUACGGCCUCACGAAGCUCUCGGCCGCGGAGAUCCUGAAGAAGGUCGCGAACGUGGAACCGAGUGGCGUCCCCUUCCGUCCACCCUUGGAUCAAUUGGAAAAUUCCUUCGAUUUCGUGAGGGACUGUCUCAUCGAGUGUUGGGACGAAAAUCCGGAGGCACGGCCGGAUUUCAAAGUGAUUAGAAACAAAUUGCGGCCACUGCGCAAAGGGAUGAAAGCCAAUAUUUUCGACAACAUGAUGGCCAUGAUGGAGAAGUACGCGAACAAUCUCGAGGCUCUGGUCGACGAGCGUACCGAUCAAUUGUCCGAGGAGAAGAAAAAAACCGAUGCGCUGCUGUACGAGAUGCUGCCGCGUUACGUGGCGGAGCAGCUCAAGCGCGGCCACAAGGUCGAGGCCGAGCACUUCGACUGCGUGACGAUUUACUUCAGCGACAUCGUCGGUUUCACGUCCAUGUCCGCCGAGAGCACACCUCUGCAGGUCGUCGAUUUUCUCAACGAUCUCUACACCUGCUUCGAUUCGACCAUUGAAAAUUACGACGUUUAUAAAGUCGAGACUAUCGGCGAUGCUUACAUGGUGGUAAGUGGCUUGCCGAUCCGCAACGGCAUCCAACACGCCGGCGAGAUAGCGAGCAUGUCGUUGCACCUGCUGCACGCGAUCGAGCGAUUCUCCAUACGGCACAGGCCUCUGGACAAGCUGCAGCUGAGAAUAGGACUGCACUCGGGACCGGUGUGCGCGGGCGUGGUGGGCCGCAAGAUGCCGCGCUACUGUCUGUUCGGCGACACGGUGAACACGGCCUCGCGCAUGGAGUCGACGGGCCAGGCGCUGCGCGUCCACUGCAGCCUCGAGACGAAGCUGCUGCUCGACCAGCUCGGGGGGUUUGGCCUGGCCGAGCGCGGCCUCGUCCACAUGAAGGGCAAGGGCGAGCGACUGACCUACUGGCUGCUAGGCGAGGAUCCGGCCAGACGCGAGCAGAGACACAGGGCGUUGGUGCCGCGAAGCUCGCUGAAGAGCAAGACCACGCAGUCGUUCGCGCGGUCCUUCACCGUCUCGCCGGUCGGAAAGCGGCUGAGAUUCGCCAGCUCGGAUCGUCUGGAUCGCUCGGCCAAAGGCUCGAGGAGCAGCGGCGAUUGCUGUGCCGCGAGCAGCGACAAGGACAACGACGGCAUCAACGCGGCCAUGAUCGCCAAUGAACUUGACGCUCCUGCUGCGAUUUCGAACGGCUCGUUCUGCAUGGAAAAGACGAGCUCUUGCCCCUGCGUCGAGCACAUUGGCGAAACCGUCGUCUCGCCGUGUCAUCGAGACACGUCGACGCGAUUCGUCCGCGUGCAGUUACUGGACACGAGCGAGGCCGCCGCCGUCAGCGAACCUCUGCUCCGAGAUCGAACCGUGCCGGACGUCGAGACGUCGCCCAGCAGCAGCUGCGCAGCCACUGCGAUGGGAAAGAGACCGUCCGAUGGUAGCUGUCGAUCGGCGCCCAGCAGUCCCAAACGCGGCUCGCGACUGUUCGAGCUCGUCGGGCCGAGCCCGAGGGACGUGCGGUCGAACGAGGAGCUCGACGCGAGGACGCCGCUCGUGCCAGCUGGACAAAAGCUCUUUUGA